AUGGUAGGCGAAAACCUGCUUGGGGUACCAUUGAAGCGUACAGAUAAAGUUGAUCUAUGUAAGGAACUCACAAGUGUUUUUCAGAAUGAAUUUUACCAACCUCCUUCAAAUUUCACGGAUGACCUUCAAAUAAUCAAUGAGUUAAGGAGAUACACAGAGGAGGAACAGCCAAAUUUGAAGACAAUCACUGCGUUGAAGAGCUAUUACAUUCAGAUAAGUGCUCUAUCUCAAAAGCUCCCCCAAGACAGUUUGCAAUUUGCAUGGUAUCCGAUAUUUGACACGGACGGCUUAAAGGGGAAACCGUUUGUAAGUCGAUCAUUCUUAUACGAGAGGUGUUGCGUACUCUUUUUACUAGGUGGAAUGUAUUCGCAGUUGGCGUUAGUUCAAAAUAGAAUGACAUCGGAUGGGUUAAAGAAGGCAGGAAUCUAUUUUCAGUAUGCUGCUGGCUGUUUCCAGGUUUUGACUGAGGAUCAGUUUGCACCGUCACUAGAUGCAUUACCGGGUGAUUUGCGUACAAAUACACUUUCUGCACUAACUUAUCUAAUGCUGGCUUCAGCCCAGGAGAUAUACUGGUUAAAGGCUGUGACAGAUGCAUUAAAAGAUACGGUUGUGGCCAAACUUUCGAUGCAGACAAGUUCUUUUUAUGAAAGCACAGCUUUAGUUAUGCAGAAGGCAGGCGUAUUUCCAUCCGAAUGGAUCUCAUUCUGCAGGGUUAAAUCGCUUCAUUUUAAAUCAGCAACGUUAAACAGACUGGCUACGCAUUUAACUUCCAAAGAACAGUAUGGUGAAGCUCUUAGCAGGCUAAGAAGUAGUUCCAGGAUAGCUGGUGAGGCUUUGAAGAUAAAGAUAACAAACGAACAGGUGCUGAAGGAUUUGACGGAUCUCAACAAGGUGGUUCAAGAAGAACUUUCAAAAGCAGAACGAGAAAACGAUCUUAUUUAUUUACAGGAUGUUCCAGACGAGAAAUCACUGCCGGAACCGGCAAAAGCGAAUCUUGUAAAGCCAUUAGUUUCUUCUGGAAUAAUACACCCUGUAAAAGCUUUAAGUGAGAGUGCUGAAUACGGCAAGCCACUUUUCAAGUCUCUUAUACCAUACUUUGUUGUAGAGAUGGCUGCUGGAUUCAAAGAGAAGUGUAUCACUUAUAUAAAUUCAAAUGUGAAGGGGCCACUUAGUGUGGCCACAAAGCAACUUGACGAUAUGAUGGAGUCGCUGAAUAUUGAAUAUUCCAUAGAGGCGAUCAUGAAACCGCAAAGAGUACCGGAAACGAUUAUGAAAUAUAGAGAAAACAUUACCGAUAUGGGUGGUGCCUCAAGGCUUGAUGAAAUGUUGAGCCAGCUGAAUAGUCUAAAGUUGAGAUGCCAUACGGAGUUGGAUUCAAAUUGGAGAAAAUUUAAUGAAGCCAAUGAGGAAGAUAAAAGUCUUCGGGUGAUGUACGGGGAAAAACGCUGGACGUUGCAACCAUUAAAAGAGGAGGCAAACGAUAUUUUGAGCGGGUUUAAGCAGUUUGAGCAGUACUUGAGAGAAUCCACGAAGGGAGAUGAAACAAUUGAGCAACAACUAGAAGAACUACGACCAUUUCUAGGUGUUUAUACCGAUGAAGACGCGCUUAGGCAAUUUAUUCCGGCCGAGAAAGUGUUGGACCUCAAUCCACAGUUUUGUGAGUUGGUAAUGAAGAUGAAGAACAUUCUCAAGGAGAUUGACACACUAAAAACAGAGAGAUUAAAGCUGCUAGAGAAUGUGCAAACAAAACUGGAUCACGUGAGUGUUUUACCGGACGUUAUCAAGAAAUAUAACGAAGUGCGGAAGCAGGGAGAAGGUGAUGUUAACGCCGAACAACUGUCUCCCGUAGUUGAAGUGGAAAUAGCUAAGUUCAAAGAUGAUCUUUUGGCCGUGAGAAACUCAAUUCAGCGCCAACAUCAGCUGCUAAACGAGUUACAGAAGAGAAAUAUAGAAUACAUGGAACAGAAACGCCGCUUACGGGUUUCUCCAGAGAGAGAGCAGGCACUAGAUGUGCUCAGCAAAACGUAUCAUGGAUUUUGUGAAGUUAUCGGGAAUAUAAAGCAGGGAUAUGAGUUCUACAAUGAUUUUUCGACACGUCUUGGGCUGAAGCAUGAGGAACUGGAGCAGCAUUUGGAAGAAAGAUAUACAGCAAUGAAACAGUUACAAAGAGCAUUAGACGAACAGGAUAGGCAGUUUGGUGGAAUGUAA